AUGCACGAAACCUCGCCUCUGGCGGUAAGAAGUUCAAAAGAAUCCGAGAAUCUUCGGGUGCUUAUCAUACCAACCUCGGUUCAAAUUGUGAGGACGCUUUUAUGUGCAUACAUCGUCGAAAUGGAUAAUAAUUGCAGACAACAAGCUGGGCUUGCGUGCGAGGAAUGCCGAAGGCGAAAGUCAAAAUGCGAUCGUGGCCGUCCAGUCUGUGGAGGUUGUCUCGAAUCAGGAGUUGAAUGUGUUUUCGUGGAACAAAGGCCAAAACGAGGGCCUAAAAAGGGACAGCUAAGAGAAUUGAAGUCGAGAAUCGGUCUGGGUCCCUUUAUUUGUCUCAAACCAACAUCAUCAGAAAUCGAGGUUGCAGAUAUUGCCUACUCUCAUUCUCAUAGCCAUAGCAACAGUACCGAGGCAGCAUCGGCCACUCCGUUGGAAGAGAUGGAAUGGACAAUGCAGUUCGAUCUGUCACAGUCAGCCUGGACUGAACAUCUAGAAUUUAUAUCAGAUCCUAAUCUGGACCCUAAUAUGGACCCCAACUGGCAGGACUAUACUUCGGUCUCACGAGAUGUCGAAGUAGCACCUCAACAGAUCCAAACAUCGGAUGACUUCUCAACAGCCAAGGACUUACCUUCGUUGAUUCAGUUUGACUUAGAUCAGCUAUAUUUUGAUAGGGUGCACCCACUCUUCCCCAUGGUCCACAAGCGACGAUAUUUGUCAUGGACUAAACUAAAGGAUCCUUACCCAGCUCGCCAAUGUUUGAGAAUGGCUAUGAGAGCACUUGCCGCGUCCAUGUCAUCACAGUUCCGGUCUCGUGGAGAGGACUUGUAUCUCAAAGCGAGACAAAUGGCAGAGGAUCUCGAGGCCAGCGAAUUGGGUUUGCCUUGGACAGAUACCGCCAUCAGUAUUGAGCAGACUCAGGCAUGGCUUCUUCUUGCGCAUUACGAGCUUUUGGCACCUCACAUAUAUCCAGUACAAGCAACAGCGCGUCGGGCUUUUCGUUUGGUGUAUCUAUCGCGGCUACAUUGCUGUGAUCAGCAAGAGCAGUCUACAGUGGGUAGCUCGAACUCCUCACAAGCCUCAGCACCAGCUCGAGUAGAUUUCCCAACCCUCGAGGAGAAGAGACGGACUUUCUGGGUUGCUUUCUGCUUAGACCGGUGCUUGAUCGCAUGCGGAGAAUCUCUACCAGCCAUUCAGGACGAAAUUAUCUCAGUUCGUCUUCCAUGUCCAGAAAAGAACUUUCAGAACGGAGAUGAGGUCAAAAUGGGCUUCGCAGACGAGGCACUCAAGUACACAAAGCUGGAUGCGACAUCGCGUUUCGCCGAAUUUGUCACUAGUACAGCUCUCUUUGGACGCUGCAUCAUGCAGAAGCACCUACCGAAAAGCGGACCGUCGUUAGAAAAAGAGACCGCUUUUUCUGGAAAAGGCACGACUGGCUGGCAUCAGCUGCAAAAAGGCAAGUUGACCUAUUAUCCAACAAUGCAACGGAUCUGGAUGACGAACCAAUGGCCAUCCAAAGAAAUGCCUCGUCAGACACAGGAAGAGCAGUUAGCUUCGGAGGCAUAUAAUGAGUCUGCCAAUGAAGCUGCAGCUAAAAUGGCCGAUGUAUCUAACCUCAUUACAACCUCUGCUUGCUUCAAGGCGCACCCAUACCUCCCUUUACUACUCACCUUGGCCAUCUCGUAUCUCACUAUCAACCUGAAUUCUGGUAGGGAUCCUUCAGUCUGCAGCCUAACAGAAUCUGCCAGGACUCAGUUGAGCGGAGCCUUAGAGAGCUUUCUAGAGAUUCACAGUCAGGCAAAACAAUUUGUAGAAAGGCUUACGGGAAAAUAG